AGCUCGCAACAGUAUCAACCUAACGUUACAUCCCAUUUUAAUGGUGACGUUGCACUAAUCUUCAAGCAGACGUCUUUCGGUUUGCAGGUAUUUCGAUUCGCUGUUCUUGUUGCGUGAGGUUAAUGUCGACGAGGAUUCUAUCUUUGUCUUCAUACAUUUAGAUUUUCUGGGUACCUAAUAUUACAGAACAACUUUUGAAAAACGUUUGAAAGAGAGAAUAUCGGCGGCAUUCAUGGAAAGUACUAAUUUAGCUUCCUAGCUAUAUCCAAGGUUUGAAUUUCGUAGCCUGUGAGCUAGCCAUAGCUAGCUAGCUGCGGUAUUUAUUCCCUUGUUGUAGAAGAUGAUACUGUCAAUUUGAACCACCUCCGCUGGGUUCCUUCUAACGUUACUAAGGUGCUAGGCUGUAACGUUAGCUGUGUGUUCACUAGUGGCUCAGUGUAAAGAUGGCAGCGGACUGGCAGGACGUAGCAACUCAACAGGCCGAAUUACUAUCGGGUCGUCUGAGGGAGCUGCUGUCUACCGGCCUAGGCCUGCUCCGCUCCGAGCUUGGGGUGGAUAUUGGUCUGAAGCCCGAGCUUUACCCGACAUGGGUUAUCCUCUCAACGGCCUUCCUUGGGCUGCUUGUCAUCGUGGUGUUUUCGGCCGCGGUCUGCGCUGGGAUAUUCGGUGGAAAGAAGCAAGCGGUCAGAACUACUGAGGAGAGCAAUGGAAGCACGAAGGCCUCUACGACCAAAGCUGUCAAAACCGAAGAACAGAAGAAAAAGAACAAAAAGAAACCCGCGGAGAAGAAAGCACAACCUAACGGCCGCACUGUGGUGGACCUGCAGGAAGACAACAAGGUUACCGAAGAAAAUCUGAAACCAUUUACAGCUGAUGUCAAGACUGAAAAGACCAAAAAGAACAAGAAGAAACCCAAAGCAGAGGUGAAGCCAGCAAAGACUGUCGCCUCUUCUGAUGGCAAAGAGCCCGAUGAAGGCACCUGGGAAACAAAGAUCAGCAACCGGGAGAAGCGGCAGCAGCGAAAGAAGGACAAGCAGGAUGAUUCGGGGAGCCAAGGAGGUGGGGACCCCCCCGCCAGCGCCCCUGUGGAGCAGUCCAGGCCCACAGCUGCCAUGCCGACGGGACCGAGGAAGAGCAAAGGAGAAGGCCAGCGCGCUAAAGCCGGGAAGGGGGAAGCCGUCAUAUCCCAAGUGUCGGCCAGCUGGAGCGAGUCUUCGGCGCUGAACGGCGGAGGCUGGAACGACAUGGCCAUGAAGCUGCCGGCCCAGACGCUGCUGCCCGACGCGGAGAGCUGGAGCGCCAACCACCGGAGCCCCGAGACCCCCGCCUGGGGCCAGGAGACCGACGGGUCGUGGAGUGGGGGAGACAGGAGGAUGAAGACUGACCUGAAGCCGACCUCCUUCACCCGGCUGGGGUUAAACACCACAGGAGAGCAGCAGCCUGUAUCUGACCUGCAGCGGGACAGUCUGCCCCAGGUGGAUGACGUAUGGUCUGGCCUGAAUGGGAUGCCGGCGGACCCUGGCUGUGACUGGAACGCCCCCUCGGAGGAGUGGGGGAACUUCACAGAGCCCAAGCCAGAGCACCCCUCCCCACCUGAGGACCCUGCUCCCGAGGCCAAGGGGUCUGAGGACGAGAAGGAGAAGGGUGACGGUGGAGCAGGGGGGAAACCCAAGAAGAAGAAAAAGAAGAAGAAGAAGCAAGAUGACCCCAGCACCGGUCCCCAAGACACUGGGGAGCCGGAGAAGGAGCCUUUGGCUCGGGCUGAGGAGCCCAGUCCACCGCUGAAGGAGAAGGCCCGGUCUGUCCAGGCUGGAGCUCCCUCUGCCGAGGCGAAGCCGGAGCGACCGACUGGGGCACCGGACACCAUAUCCCAGAAGCCCCACACACAAGUGCCACAGAGGCUAGCGGAGCCAGAGAUGACUGCCAAGCAGAACAGCGCGCCCGCCCCUGCACAGAAAAAAUCUGAGGACAACUGGGAGUCUCCAAAACAAGUCAAAAAGAAGAAGGCAAGGAGAGAAACAUGAGUUUGACCUGGGGUCCAGAUGAAUUAUAUGCAAAAGGAUUUUCAAGAAAAAUUCGUGUUUAUGCAAUAAUUUGAGUGUACAGAAUUUUAUACAAAUUAUGACCGUACUUUUUUAACAUUGAAAAAGCAGAAAUAAAAAGCCCUAGAGUCUGACCUGUGUUCCAGUGGGAGUAGGUCAGGUUCCCCAGAUGGCACUGAUCGAUGUGCACUGUACGCCUCGCUACGCUCCACAUUUCAAACUCGUAUGAAGACCGGCACAAGAUUCUAAAUUAUUAUUAAUAUUAUUGAUAUUUUUGUUUGAUUUUUCUUAUUCCAAUGAAAAUGGUUUGUUUGCUAACCGAAUGUGGUGAAUUUAAUUGUAUGGAUAGUGUGAGAUUUAAAACCACAAGGCUGAGCCAGCUCAUGUGUGGCAGCUUGGGACCCUUUUGCAUUUUUGGGUGACUGGCUAGUUACCGAAAAUGCUGUGAUUGGGAAAUGUCUCAUUUUAGAGAUUUGUUUUCAUAAAUCACACCUUCCCCUCUCCCUUUGAGUAUUCCCGCCCGCCCCCACCCCCCCUUCUGGAUAUAUUUUUAUUACUGUAUUACUAUAUGACUUGACCUUUUUUGAUGUUAACAUUUCUAGCUGGUUCUGUCCUGGUACUCUCGUUGGAUGACUUACAGCUUUUCUUUGAUGUAACCUCUUCGUAAUAGAAAAAGCCAAGCCAUAUGUAAAGAAAUAAAGGCCUUUUCUCUGUCUGAAGUUUUCUGAGUGCACUGUGCUGCAGGUCAUGAUUUCCGUCCCGCUGAACUUCAGACCGAUUCAUUCCUGGUUUAUUCCUCGUUGCCGACAGUCAAGAAACCAAUGACUUAAGUGCAAUAUAUGGCGGGUAGUAGGCGUCUAAACAGCUUUAAAACAUGUCUGAGUCAUUAAUACUAUCAGGAAUGAAAUUCUAUUGCCUUAACCUGUAGUAUGUGCGGUGUGCUUUAGAUGUAUUUGUACGUUGGGAUGAGUGCAUUUCUCUCUGAAGUCUUUUCAGGGCAAAGGGAGGGAGACCUUUACAGUCUGAGCUUAAUGUCAGACCGUUUAUAUUGCUGAUACAACUCGUUACUGAACCUGGUAGACAUGAUUUGCACUGUCAUGAAACAAAGUCGGUGGGCAGGUCGUUUUUAUUUUUAACUUAAUUUGUAGGCCUUCGUGGCGUGAGGCCUACGGCGCACUGUAAAUACACGAGUGUGAACCGGACCGCAGACAAUGAUGGGAGCGGGGAUAAAAACCCUCACAAGACCUCGUUGGAGGAAGGCCUAAUGCGUCUUUCACAAUCUGGAUCUGCCGCGACCUGUCGCAGUUAUUCCAGUACAUCCAUGUGUAUAUCUUCAAUAUGGGUCUGCCUUACCGGAUAACACCCUUUGCUUCCUUUCCCCCGUCCAACAGCAAUGGCUAUAUUUCCAAUCCAUGUAUUUUUUUAUUUUUUAUUUUCUGGAAUGUGCAACGCAAGAAUGAUCAUGGGUUUUAAAAGGAUUGUUAAAUGCAAUGAUGUUGGUUAGUUUGUUUAAAUAAAUUGAAAUUAAAUUAAUCUGCAAAUUGUUUUUCUUUUUCUGUAAAAAGCAAGGCUGCAUGGCAGACUUGGUAAUGUUUGUACAUUAAGAGGUGAUUUGAGAGAAAAUAAAAUUGAAGUGCAUUUGG